AUGUCGUACUACUCUCUGGAUACAUUUUUUUUUGUGUUAAUAAUUCAAUUUCAACAGAGUGGUAAAACUGUGCUGUCAAAUUUUGUGGCAGAAGCAACUGAUCUUGCAGGAUCCGAGUACCGUCCAACUCAGGGUGUUCGAAUUUUGGAGUUUGAAAGUGCAAGUCUUGAGAGCGAUGGCCAGUCUUCAACACUUGAUGUGGAAUUGUGGGAUUGCAGUGGUGAUACAAAGUUUGAUGAAUGUUGGCCUUCAAUUAUGACAAAUGUGAAUGGUGUACUUCUUGUGUACAAUCAUGAUCAACCUAAUCAUGCUACGGACUUAGAAAUGUGGUUUACAACGUUUGUGGCUCAGCAAGGUUUAAAGGAGUCUCAGUGUCUGGUCAUCAAUAACUGUAAACCGUCAACCAGUGAAAGACGCAAAACACAAUUAUCACCAGCAGUUUCAAAGCUUACUCAUGUGAAUGUGAACUUAGAGGAGAAUGCAGAAGGUGCCAGAAAGGAGUUCCAAAUGUUUUUAGGGCAACUAAGGGGAGCGCUCAGUGCAAAGCGAGACCAAGAGGAGCUUAGCAUUAUCCAAUGAUAACCUAGCUGGUGUACACAUCAAGUAGAAAUUGAUACAUCUGAUGCAUCUUGAUGUGACCUCAUGUUGUGUUUCCUGAUGACAUUUUUAUGGUUGCCGGGGGAAUAUCAAGUUGCAACCAAUUGGAUUGCAGUUCAGUGUCUGAUUUAUAUUAAUGUAAUCCAGUGGUUUAUAGAAGAAUCCCUGAAGUGUAUAGAUAUGUAAAUUUAAGUGGUAAAGCACUAAAUGUUGCUUUAAUAACUUCAUAAACAUUCUAUAUAGCAAAUACAAAUUAUGAUGUACAGUAUUUCUUUAUAAUAGAAUUACUAUGUUGAUAUGUACAAAUUUAUUUCAAAAGAUGUCACAUAAUAUGAGGUUAAGUACUUUUAUUGACCGACCUUGAAGGAAGGUUUGAAACUUUAGAUAACUAUGUGAAUUAGUGAAAUGUUACAUAUAAUACAACAAAGAUGUGCCAUUUCCUCACUGUUUUCCUGAACCAGACUCGACCACCUCUGUCAAAUGUGGAUUUCCACAUUUUUACCCAUGGGAUUCUCUUAAAAACCCUUGGGUUUCACAUGCAGCUUUUUAAUAAUAAAUUCAGUACACAUUCAUUGUAAAACAUAGAAUUUCUGUAGAUUGUAACCUGCCUGCCAUAUUAAUGUAAGAUCCCUUGGUUAAAGCUCCCACAGACAUAAAAUCAGAAUCUGUAUAAACCCUUUAAAUAUUUUGGGACAAAAGUGUAUUGUAUGCUAGCCAAUUGGGACAUUACAAUUCAAAUGGUUCUGCUCAGAACCAAAUACCAUCAAAUGAGAAUUGUAGCAUAUGUCACAUGGCAUACCAAAAGCUUAUAUAAUUAAUUACUAAAGGUUUAUAAUGCACAGAGACUAACCAAUUUAUCAAUAUCCCCUGUUUAACAGGGACGUAGGCUGGUUUCAUCUUGGGGGGAGGGUUCAAAAAUAGGGAAUGCAAAACUGGGUGGUGCGAAAAUUUAGAAAGCUAAACUAUAAAAUAAUGGUAAUUUUUAGUAUUUUAACUCCCUUAGUGGAAGUAAUUUAUAAAGAUUUCUGUUUUUAUUUCUCUACACCACCCCCACCCCCUUAAAAAAACAAUUGCUUCAUCAAGUCCUGUUUUGGUGUUAAACAACAAUUUAGUUUACAUUUAAAAAAAUAAUAUUUACAAAAAUGUUAAUUUAAAGUUUUAGUCUUUGUACAUUUAAAUAAGAGAAGAUAAGAAGGGAAGUAAGAAAAUGAAAUGUAUUUUUUAGAAAGUAAUGAUAGGUAACAACAUAAUGUAUACUUUUUCCUUUUUGUUGCUUUUAAUGUAUCAUGUAUAUUAUGUUUUUGUGUUGUGUUAUAUUAUUGCAAAUAAAAACCAAUUUAUUACUGUAGUUUGGUUAAAAACAAAUGAUCCAAUAAAAGAGUAACUAUUACUACUAGUAUUGAUUGCCUUUAUAUAUUUCUUCAAAAGAGUGACGGUGUAUCACAGUACAGUAUCCGAUUACUAGAAAAAUUAACAGAAUAUGAUAUUUGAUAUGCACAGUAAAAGCUACUUUGUCAUUGCAUUUCAACAGUUAUUAUUAUUGGAAGACUUUUGCCUUUCGCUCAUCUUUAAAAUCACGUACAACAUGUGGUUGGAAAGGCACCUAAUGAAUGUUGAAUGGCCCACCAAGCAGCUAAUGAAAGGGGCACCGUAGGGUGGUGGAACAACUCUUGAAUAAGGACUAUAAACUAAGGCCCAUCAGUGUACACAAAUAGCUCAUGUGCACUAUGAUUUAAGCUUAUUAUUCUCCUAAUUUGUUGUUUAAUUUGUGCCUGGUAAAAAAUAAUAAACAAAACAAAUUAUUUUUAUAAUUAUUACUAUAUUAUUAAUCAUUUGGUUACUACAUACAGCAAUAAAGACGGUUACAUUGUA